AUGUCUACAGAUCCAGCAGCCGACCAGGCGGCGGAGUAUGUCCCAGAGAAGGUGAAGAAGGCAGAGAAGAAGUUGGAAGAAAACCCAUAUGACCUUGACGCUUGGAGCAUUCUGAUUCGAGAAGCACAGAAUCAACCAAUUGAUAAAGCAAGGAAGACAUACGAGCGACUUGUCACACAGUUUCCAAGUUCUGGCAGAUUCUGGAAACUAUUCAUUGAAGCUGAGGUGAAGGCAAAAAACUAUGACAGGGUAGAAAAGUUGUUUCAAAGAUGUCUGAUGAAAGUGUUGCACAUUGACCUGUGGAAAUGUUACCUCGCCUAUGUGCGAGAGACCAAAGGAAAGCUCCCAAGCUAUAAGGAGAAGAUGGCCCAGGCAUACGACUUUGCUUUGGAUAAAAUUGGCAUGGAAAUUAUGUCAUAUCAGAUUUGGGUGGACUACAUUAAUUUCCUCAAGGGAGUUGAGGCUGUGGGCUCAUAUGCAGAGAACCAGCGAAUAACGGCAGUGCGGAGAGUCUACCAGAGAGGCUGUGUGAAUCCCAUGAUUAACAUAGAGCAACUCUGGAGAGAUUAUAGCAAAUACGAGGAGGGAAUCAAUAUACACUUGGCCAAGAAAAUGAUUGAGGAUCGAAGCAGAGACUACAUGAAUGCAAGGAGAGUGGCGAAGGAGUAUGAGACUGUGAUGAAAGGGCUUGACAGGAAUGCGCCCUCGGUGCCGCCCCAGAACUCGCCCCAGGAGGCUCAGCAGGUGGAUAUGUGGAAGAAGUACAUCCAGUGGGAAAAAAGUAACCCUCUGCGCACAGAAGAUCAGACGCUCAUCACAAAGAGAGUGAUGUUUGCCUAUGAGCAGUGCCUACUGGUGCUGGGGCACCAUCCUGAUGUGUGGUAUGAGUCAGCUCAGUAUCUAGAGCAGUCGAGCAAGCUUUUGGCAGAGAAAGGGGACAUUAAUAACUCCAAGCUGUUCAGUGAUGAAGCUGCUAACAUCUAUGAGCGUGCGAUUGGGACGCUACUCAAGAAGAACAUGCUUCUUUAUUUCUCAUUCGCCGAUUAUGAAGAAAGCCGUAUGAAGCACGAGAAGGUGCACAACAUCUACAAUAAACUGCUUGCCAUCGAGGAUAUCGACCCCACGUUGGUUUACAUCCAGUACAUGAAGUUUGCCAGGAGGGCGGAGGGCAUCAAAUCAGGCCGCACCAUCUUCAAAAAGGCCCGUGAGGAUUUGCGCACACGCCACCAUGUGUACGUCACAGCAGCGCUGAUGGAAUACUACUGCAGCAAGGAUAAAUCUGUGGCCUUUAAGAUUUUUGAGCUUGGUUUGAAGAAAUAUGGAGACAUUCCAGAAUAUAUACUUGCAUAUAUCGAUUACCUCUCACACCUUAACGAGGAUAACAACACGAGGGUUCUCUUUGAACGAGUCCUCACCUCAGGAAACCUUUCACCAGAGAAGUCAGGAGAGAUCUGGGCCCGUUUUCUGGCGUUUGAGAGCAACAUAGGCGACCUGGCCAGUAUUCUGAAGGUGGAGCGACGCCGUUUCACUGCCUUCAAGGAGGAGUACGAGGGCAAAGAAACGGCCUUGCUUGUAGACAGAUAUAAAUUCAUGGAUCUGUAUCCUUGCUCCACCAGUGAACUCAAGGCUCUAGGAUACAAGGAUGUGACUCGUGCCAAACUACCACUGCUUCCUGAAACUGUGGCAGUGCCCUCCGCGCCCACACUGAAGGAUGAAAUAGACCGAAGACCAGAGUACCCCAAACCAGACAUCAAUCAGAUGAUCCCCUUCCAGCCGCGCCACAUGGCCCCCCCAGGCCUGCACCCUGUGCCGGGCGGAGUCUUCCCAGUCCCCCCGGUGGCCGUCCUCCUAAUGAAGUUGCUUCCCCCACCCACAUGUUUUACUGGUCCUUUCGUUCAAGUGGAUGAGCUCAUUGAGACUUUCAGGAGAUGUACACUUCCCGAGACUGUUGAAGCUGCUGUGGAGCUCAUCACUGGAAGACUGCCUGACGGUAGCGGUGAGGGCAACGGCGCUGUGGAGAACCACGCCGCCACUAAGUCACUUAAGCGGCCCAAUGCCGACUCAGACGAGGAAGAUGACAAAGGGGUGGCGCCGCCCAUCCACGACAUCUAUCGUGCUCGCCAGCAAAAGCGGAUUCGAUAA